AUGGAGAACUUCUUUUCCAUCGCCAAUCACAAAUUAACUAUCGUUGAAGCAGACGCCGAGUACACGAAACCCUUUACCACGGAUCAUGUGAUGCUUGGCCCCGGCCAGACUCUCAAUGUCCUCGUCACUGCCGACCAACCCAUCGGACGGUACUCCAUGGCCAUGGGACCCUACAUGUCCGCCCAGAAUGUCCCCUUCCAAAACAUAACCUCCAUCGCCUACUUCCAAUACUCUGGGGCCAUGCCUAAUGGCUAUCCCUACCAGCCCUAUUACCUACCUUUAACAAUAAUCUUGCAGUUAAGACCGUUAUGGAUGGGCUCAGGAGCCUAA